GCUGUCAAAAAUGUAUUCUUAAUUUUCAAAAAUCAAAAUAGAAACUUGAAAAAAAAAACAUUUAUAAUAAUUUUCUGCCUUUUCCACAAUUUACCCAGAUUUACAUAAAUAAUACGGGCAGCCAUACGAAGUGCCAAUUUUUAGAUUUUUAAUUUAUAUGUUGAAAACGUUGAAGUGGAUGGUUUUUGAUAUUAAUUUCCUCAUUAAUUUCAAAGGUCAAUUGUUUACUCGGAUCCUUGAAGAAUUACUCAAAUUUAACAUUUUUUAUAUCUAGUACCUAAAUAUCGCUAGUGUGUAUUAGCAGAAUUUAGAUAUUUUACUUUUUAUAUAUUUAAAUUACAAUUUAUAAUGGCUCUUUCAAAACCAAUAAUGAAGGCGUUAAGUUUUUAUUUGUCUCAGAUGUAUGAACAUCCAUUACGAACUAGUGCAUUAACAUGUUCUGUUAUUGCUCUAGAUGGUAAUGCGACUUAUCAAAGAUUAGCAGGUAUUAAACCUUUCGAUCUGCGUAGCGUUUUAGCCUUUGGAGUAUUUGGACUUUUAUUUUCUGGACCGGCUCAGCACUAUUUUUACAGUUUCUUAGAAAGAGCAGUACCAGAUGAAGCAUCAUUUACUAUUCUAAAAAAAUUGUUUUUGGAGCGCGUUAUAUUUUUCCCCUUAUGCCAAGGGUUUGCUUUAUAUGCAAUAUCAAGACUUGAAGGCAAAAGUCAUGAUCAGGCUGUAGAAGAACUAAAAGCUUUGUUUAACAAGCUAGUAAUUGGCAGUUGGAAACAUCUCACAAUAUUACAGUUUUUAAAUGUUGCUUUUGUUCCUUCAGUGUUCAGGAUAUUUAUUCAGCAUUUUAUUUCAUACUUUUGGACAAUUUAUUUUUCACAUGCAAGAAAAGAAUAUCAGAAAUCGCAGAAAAAGCAAUAAAAAGGCAUAGGGAUAUUCGUUUGGACAAUAAAUAUUUUAUAUUAAUUAGUAUUCUAAAAAUAAUUGGUAAGUUUUGAAACAUUCCGGGAAUAUUGUGGUGUAAUAUUUAUUAGAAUUUAAGAAAACUAAUAAUAAAUGUUUUUAUAUGUUUGAUAUAAAAUUGUAUUUUUCAUAUUUGUUAUUCUUAUUAUAUAAGUUUAUGUAUUUUUAUGUAGGUGUAUUUUUUACCUUUCAAAUAAUCAUGAACAUUGUGCAUAAACAAAUUUA